AUGAACCUGACCCAAUUGAGAGUCAUAAACCUUGCAGCAAAUAAAUUUCAUGGACCAAUUCCUAGCUCAUUUUCCAACUUCAAACAUCUUCAACUACUUUCUCUAUUAAAGAAUGAUUUUAGUGGUAGGGUGGACUUGGAUAUGUUCGUAGGACUCAACCAACUCGAUACUCUACAUCUCUCUGGUAACAAAAUAUCAUUUGUGGCCACCAGCAACUACACCAAUGGCGCCCUACCAGAAUUGAAAUACCUAGGGCUAACCUCGUGCGAUUUGAAGGAAUUCCCUGCCAUUUUGCGGUUCAGACACAAAUUGAACGUCCUAUUUCUCAGUGACAACAAAAUUGGUGGUCGCGUACCAGAGUGGAUGUGGAACAAUAAUCUUGAAUCGCUAGAGAUAAUUGACGUUGAAAACAACUUCAUCACUGGUUUUCAUCAACAUCAAAAUUUUCUCCCAUGGGGUCGUUUGAAAUUUUUCAACAUCGCGAAUAAUCAGCUACAAGGACGACUACCAAUUCCACCACGGACCAUGGUUGUUUAUGCUGUCUCAAAUAACAAUCUGCAAGGAGAAAUACCACCUUUAUUAUGUGAAUUGAACUCUCUUCUGGUGCUAGAUUUGUCUUCUAACAACAUAAGUGGAACUCUUCCUUCUUGUUUGGGCAGAUUAAGCAAUUCCUUGUCGUCGUUGGAUCUUAAAAGGAACAACUUUCAAGGCACAAUGAUGAAUACAUUUACCCAAGGAUGCAUGCUGAGGAAGAUUGAUUUGAGCGAAAAUCAAAUUGUGGGUCAGGUAUCAAAAUCCUUGACAAAUUGUAUCAACUUAGAGUUUCUCUCUCUUGGAGAUAACUCUUUCGAUGAUGCCUUUCCGUUUUGGUUGGGUACUCUUGUGGAGUUGCAAGUCCUCAUGCUGGGGUCCAACAGAUUUUAUGGUGGAAUUCAAGGUCCGACAAUGGUUAUCUCACAGUUUCCCAAGUUGCGGAUAAUAGAUCUCUCCAACAAUGGUUUUGGUGGUCCAUUACCCCAUGAGUACUUCCAAAGUUGGAAUGCAAUGAAGUCGGUUUAUGAUGGAAAAUCAUCUUUUCUGCAAUCAAGGUUUCCAUUAUCAACAUUUGAAUUUUCGAUUGCAUACAGGAUGACAAUAACAAGCAAAGGUGUUAAAAGAGAGUACCCUCGUAUUUUGGACAUAUUCACUGCUAUUGAUCUCUCUUGUAACAAUUUUGAAGGACAAAUCCCACAAUCACUCCAAGAUCUUCGUGGGCUUGAAUCACUUAACCUUUCCAACAACCAUCUUAUUGGUGGUGUCUUGUCAUCCUUGGGGAACCUAAAGAAUCUUGAAUCUUUGGAUCUCUCCCGAAACGAGCUAUCAGGAGAAAUUCCUCAUCAGUUGUUGCAACUCGGAUUCCUUGCCAUUUUGAAUUUGUCAUUCAACCAUCUUCAUGGACGCAUACCACAAGGCGGACAAUUCAAUACAUUUGAGAGUAACUCAUACGAAGCAAAUCCCGGAUUGUGUGGAGAACCUUUAUCCAACGACUGUCAAGAUUCAAAGGUGUCAACACCUCCACAAACAAGCAAAAAGUCCGAGUCUUUCUUCCCAAGUGAAAGAGUUGACUGGAUCGUGAUAUUCUCAGGAGUCGGAAGUGGGUUAGUAGUUGGGAUUGUUAUCGGGAACUUUUUGUAUGCAAGGUACAGUGAUUGGUUCAUUGAGCGGUUUGGUAUGAGGAAGGACAAAUGGGUGAGGCCACUCCGCAAUUGA